CCAGUUAACUUUUAAUCGUAAGUUUCUUAACUAUAGUUUUGCAUUUUCAAUGAAUCAAAAUUGUGGCGAUAGCUGGUGAUUACUUACCUUUGUCAUGUAUCCGACUGUCAAAUUUUGGUAUCGCGUAUUUGAACUGUGGUAUUUAUCAUAACAGACGUUGGAUGUAAUUGUUAAUUAUAAUAUAUAGAAAUGGUGAAUGUAGAGACUAUACAACAAAAUUAUCCGCUGCAUUGGCUGGUGUGGAUUAACAACUAUGUAGAACUUGCUAAGGAGUUGUCUACAAAUGCGCAUGAUAUAGAAAAACAUGAUACUCGUGGAAGAACACCUUUAAUGUUAGCAGUAACUUUAGCUCGUACUGACUGUGCUGUGGUUUUAUUACAUCAUGAAGCUAAUGUUAACACGGAGAAUACUCAAGGAUGGAGCGUGGUUCAAGAAGCAGUUGGAACUGGCAAUCCAGAGUUAUUACAAAUGGUGCUUGCGCGUAGGGAUUACCAAAGAUAUUGUAAUCGUGUUGCAGGUAUUCCUGAAUUACUUCACAAACUUAAGCAGGCACCCGAUUUUUAUGUAGAAAUGAAAUGGGAGUUCACUAGUUGGGUUCCUCUUGCAUCUCGAAUGUGUCCCAGUGAUACAUACAAAGUUUACAAACAGGGUAGUAAUGUAAGAAUCGAUACUACUCUAUUAGGAUUUGAUCAUACAAAUUGGCAACGUGGAAAUCGGAGUUAUGUCUUCAAAGGGCAGACUGCAACAAAUGCACCUUUGGUACUUAGGUGUGAUCGCAGUUAUGUAUUCACCAUGAUGGGACAACAAUCAGAUGAUGGUGCAACAAUGAUGGAGGUAGAUCAUGAAACAAAGAAGGUUUAUGUGGAACAUAUGAAACUUCUUAGCGAUGAUAACAUACAAUUAAUGGAACCUUCUGAAGAAGGCAUUUUAGCACGUCUUACAAGUCCCAUAGUUACUACUUAUAUAGAUACUGAUAAAAUUAGUUUUGAACGCAAUAAAGCUGGUAUAUGGGGCUGGCGUUCAGAUAAAACUGAAAUAAUAAAUGGACAUGAAUGUAAAGUCUUUAGUGCAAGUAAUGUAGAAUUAAUAACAAAAACACGAUUGGAACAUCUAUCAGAUGCUGAUAAAGUAAGAGCAAGAGCGCCACGCACACCUCUUCAAUCCUUUCUUGGUAUCGCGGAGCAACAACAUGAAAACAGUAACGCUACAACCAGUCAAGAAUACAAUAAUGUUGGUAAUCCUUGUAAUAUAACACCUGAAGAAUAUUUUGAUCCAGAUGUUGAUUUAAAUGGAAGAGAUAUUGGAAGACCAAAGGAAGUUAAUACAAAAAUACAAAAAUUCAAGGCAACUCUUUGGCUUAGUGAGGAAUAUCCACUGAGUUUGCAAGAACAAAUUAUGCCUAUUGUAGACUUAAUGGCAAUAUCCAGUUCACAUUUUGCAAAAUUGAAAGAUUACAUACAAAUGCAACUACCAUCUGGAUUUCCUGUUAAAAUUGAAAUUCCUUUAUUUCAUAUACUUAAUGCAAGAAUAACAUUCGGAAAUAUAUUUGGUUUGGAUCAAGAAAUACCACAUGUAGGACAUCUGCAAGAAACAAAUCGUAUGACGUGCUUGGUCGAUGAUACUUGUUUCGAGCCUCCUACGGGUUAUAUAAAACUCGGUGCUGAAGUUCGAACACAAUUCAGUAUCGAAGAAGAGGACGAUUUAUUACAAUUUGCUAUACAACAGAGUCUACUAGAAGCGGGAAGUGAACGAGACGAGGUUGAUAUAUGGGAGGCAUUGAGAGCGCAAAAACCAUCUAGACCAACAACACCUAAUAUGUCAACAGAGGAAGAAAGACAACUUCAAAGAGCUAUUCAAGCUAGUUUGGUACUAUAUCAAGAAACUACUGCUAGCUGUGCAGACGGACGUAAUAAUAUAGAUGAAGCAAGAGCUAAGGAGGACGAUGAUAGUGAUUCAUUAGAAAGUACAGCAGAACAAUUACGUCUAGCAUUAAAACUUUCAGAACAACAGCAAAUAGAGGAAGAACAACGACGAUUGUUAGAAGAAGAAACAUUUCGACAAGUGUUAGAAUUAUCCCUCACGGACAAGUGAACUUUUACAAUCAAUAUGAUGGUGAUUUAGAAAUUAAUUACCUGAUACUUCCAAAAUGAAAAUUCUUUCUGUCUCACGGGCACGAGACUGUUGAAUAGAAAGAAAUAUUUCCUAUGAUCCAUAGAUAAAUUCCUUUGAAAAAUGAUAAUGUUACUUACAAUGAACGUUUGUUAUUGAAAUAUACAAUAAUGAAGGUCAACCAGUGGAAACAAUGUACUAUUAAUUAAGUAAAUGAAUAAUUUAAA